AUGAAGCUGCUUCUCCUGUUCCUGUCCAUCUUUCUGGCUGUGGAACCCGUGAUGUCAGGAAGACAUUCCCUCCUUCGAUGCAUGGGUAGCAUGGGCGUCUGCAGGACCGCUUGCAGGAAGAUAGAACAUACCUACUUCUACUGCAGAAAUUACCAGUCGUGCUGUCUCCAGUCCUUCAUGAGGAUAAACGUGGCUGGCAAAGACGAACCUGGUGUUUUGUCCUACGCAAAGCACUGGCCCAAGAUACCCUGA